AGAAGUUGCCACCAUGACAGGCAUGCGACAGACUCCUCUUACGUGCAGUGGUCAUACCAGGCCUGUCACUGACCUUGCUUUCAGUGAAUCAACCCCGUUUGGUUAUUUCCUCGUCAGUGCAUGUAAAGAUGGAAAGCCAAUGCUUCGUCAGGGUGACACUGGAGAUUGGAUUGGAACAUUUGAAGGCCAUAAAGGAGCUGUAUGGGGAGCGACACUUAACAGAGAAGCCACAAAAGUAGCGACAGGAGCAGCUGAUUUCACAGCGAAACUUUGGGAUGCCCUCAGUGGAGAAGAACUGCAUACAUUUAACCACAAACAUAUUGUCAAAAGUGUUGAUUUUUCAACAGACAGUAAUCUACUACUUACUGGCAGUAAUGAGAAGAUGCUGAGGGUAUUCGAUCUGCAGAGACCAGAAGCUGAUGCCAAAGUUUGUUUAAAUGGACACACCUCCAAUAUAAGAACAGCCAUAUUUACCAAAUGUAACACUCAGGUGAUCAGUGCCUCAGAUGACAAAACUGUCAGAUUGUGGGAUGCUUCAAAUGGUGAAGAGAUUAAAAAGCUGGAGUUUUCUGCAAUCCCCAACAGCCUGGAACUGUCAAACGACCAAUUGCUGCUCCUCAUUACCCAUGGCAACUUCACCAGCUUCUAUAAUGCAGAAACUUUGGAGAAGAUAAAGGAGUUUGAGGCCCCGACUCAGAUCAAUUCUGCUUCACUUCAUUCAUCAAGGAAAGUGUUUGUGGCAGGCGGAGAGGACUUUAAAAUGUACAAGUUUGACUAUGAGACAGGAGAAGAGCUUGAAUCAUUUAAAGGACAUUUUGGACCAGUACACUGUGUACGGUUCUCUCCGGAUGGCGAGCUGUAUGCUAGUGGAAGUGAAGAUGGCACAUUACGACUCUGGCAGACAACAGUUGGAAAGACUUAUGGCCUGUGGAAGUGUGUCUUACCUGAUGAAGCUAUAAAUAACACUGACUCAACACCAACAAAAGCGGAGACAUAACGGUACAGUUCUCUACUGUAGCCGCUUUUGUUCACCGUAUGUCGGUUUGGUCAAGAAGAGAUGCAAUGCUGUAGACUUUGGUCUGUGUGUCUCUGCCUGCCUAUGGAACAGCAAGAUGCAACCAGAGCCAUCCUCCAAAUAUUUGGUCUAAGUCUAGUCACAUGAUUUGGGUUAAGACCAGUAACACAUGAUGUUGUAUGGAUACAGUCACAGAUGCUGUAGAAAAUUCCAUUAUUUUCUGUUUUGGGUGCAUAUUUUCACUGAUCUUUGACACCUAGUGGUGUCAUUUUGAUCCAGUUGUGCUGAGAGUUAAGACAAAAGAAGUUGUAGCUGUAAUAUAUUUCUGUCGAAUAUCAGGUAUAUGACUCAGUACUUACUGUAAUGCAAGAAGCUUUCUAAAUUUAGCACCAAGACAUUAACAUAUUUCUAGGUAUGAUCUGUAUUUGUAAAAUUUGUAUAAAUCAAAUGAAUUUUGAAAUGUUUGAUUUUGGACCUGCAGGGCUAAUAAGUUGUCAUUUAGAUUAAGAAUAACAUGAAAGACUUAGAGGUAGGUUGCAUUUAUUGGUUGUCAUGACAACAAGAAAAUCUCAUAUGUUUGUCCUAUGAAACUGUCUCUCGAAUUGUGUAAAUGAAUCUUACUGCCAAGGCAUUACACAAAUGUAUUGUUUAAUUAAUGCAGAGAGCAUAAUUAUGUAAUGUAUUAUUCAGGAUAUGAACAAGAAUAAAGUGAUGAGAUUCAUUAACAAAGAA